CUCUUUCCGUCUUUGUGAGAUUUACUUUCGCUUUCACCCCUCGUGGUAGAAGUAUUUAGCAGCAGGAGCAGUAAAAGUGGAUGUAUUUCACAGCAACACAACAGCGUCAUAGUGGAACAUUCUUGCGUGACGUGGUUUCAGUGGGUCUCUGUUGCUGCUGGCGACGCCUUCCUGCUUCAUGUAGGGGACAAUAAGAAUAAUUGGUAUCCAGACAGAACCAACAGCAGCCAACAGGUUGUAGUGUGUUGUCUCACCUCAUUCUGCUGGUCUACACUCUGCUAUGAAUGUGUCUGAGGAGAGAGAGGAGGGAGGUUCUACCUCCAAAACCACUCUGUCUGGGGAACAUGACAGCCAGACCAAAGCUAAGAGUCCAGUCCAUCAGGAGAGACCAGACUCCCCUGUACCCAGCUGUGUGUCCAUGAAGAGUGGCUGGUCUAUGGAUCCACCUCUUGCAUUCAGAGAUGGACACCACUCUACUGAACAGAGGACCCAUCAGGAGAGACCAGACCCCCCUGCACCCAGCUGUGUGUCCAUGAAGAGUGACCACUCUAUAGGACGAUUUAUUGAUUUCAAAGAUGGACACCCCUCUACUGAACAGAGAGACCACCAGGAGAGGUCAGAGGUUCUCAGUGGUCAGUCUGUCCAGGAGCAUCAAACAGACCUGGACUCCAUAUUUAUGCUGCUUGAGGAGAACAUUGUCACUUUUGUGAAGAAGGAGCUGAAGAGGUUCCAGAAGGUUCUGAGUUCAGAUUACCCAGAGUGCUUAGGGAGACAGAGGGAAGAGGAGGAGCAGAGCAGGAGUACCAGAGAGGCACUUCUGAAGAUCACCCAGCACUUCCUGAGGAGUAUGAAGCAGGAGUAGCUGGCUGCCCGUCUGGAGAGCAAAAACCUUGUUCCCAUGUGCCGGAGUAACCUCAAAGCUGCUCUGAAGGAGAAGUUUCAGUGUUUGUUUGAGGGCAUCGCUAAACCAGGAGAGUCAACACUUCUGAAUCAGAUCUACACAGAGCUCUACAUCACGGAGGGAGGCAGUGGAGAGGUCAAUAAUGAACAUGAGGUCAGGCAGAUUGAAACAGCAUCCAGGAAACCAGCGAGACCAGAAACACUGAUCACAUGUGAGGACAUCUUUAAACCCUUACCUGGACAAGAUAAACCAAUCAGAACAUUGAUGACAAGGGGAGUGGCUGGCAUCGGUAAAACAGUCUUAACACAGAAGUUCACUCUGGACUGGGCUGAAAACAAAACCAACCCCAAUAUACACUUCACAUUUCCAUUUACGUUCAGAGAGCUGAAUGUGCUGAAAGAUAAAAAGUUCAGCUUGGUGGGACUUCUUCAUCACUUCUUUAUUGAAACAAAAGAAGAAGGAAUCUGCAGCUUUGACGAGUUCCAAGUUGUGUUCAUCUUUGACGGUCUGGAUGAGUGUCGACUUCCUCUGGACUUCCAGAACAAUGAGAUCUGGACUGAUGUCACAAAGUCCACCUCAGUGGAUGUGCUGCUGACAAACCUCAUCAAGGGGAAUAUGCUUCCAUCUGCUCGCCUCUGGAUAACCACACGGCCUGCAGCAGCCAACCAGAUCCCUCCUGAGUGGGUUGACAUGGUGACAGAGGUGAGAGGGUUCACUGAUCCACAGAAGGAGGAGUACUUCAGAAAGAGAUUCAGAGAUAAGGAGCAAGCCAGAAGAAUCAUCUCACACAUCAAGACAUCACGAAGCCUCCACAUCAUGUGUCACAUCCCAGUCUUCUGUUGGAUCACUGCUACAGUUCUGGAUCACGUGUUGGGAACAGAUGAGAGAGGAGAGAUGCCCAAGACCCUGACUGAGAUGUACAUCCACUUCCUGGUGGUUCAGUCCAUCCAGGGGAAUGUGAAGUAUCAUGGGAGAUCCGAGACAGAGCCACACUGGAAUACAGAGAGCAGGGAGAUGAUUGAGUCUCUGGGGAAACUGGCCUUUGAACAGCUGAAGAAAGGCAACCUGAUCUUCUAUGAAGCAGACCUGACAGAGUGUGGCAUUGAUAUCAGAGCAGCCUCAGUGUACUCAGGAGUGUUCACACAGAUCUUUAAAGAGGAGUGUGGACUCUACCAGGACAAGGUCUUCUGCUUUGUCCAUCUGAGCAUUCAGGAGUUUCUGGCUGCUCUUUAUGUCUUUCUCUCAUUCAUCAAAACUAAAGCCAAUCUGCUGUCAGAAACCCAGUCAACCUCCUGCAGGUCUAAACCACUUGGAGAUGAACGUAAAAAAACAGACCUCUACCAGACAGCAGUGGACAAGGCCUUAGAGAGUCCAAACGGACAUCUGGACUUGUUCCUGCGCUUCCUCCUGGGCCUCUCACUGGAGCGCAGUUGGAAUCUCCUACGAGGCCUGCUGGGAAAGACAGGAAAUAAGUUAAAGACCAAUAAGAAAACAGUCCUGUACAUCCAGGAGAAGAUCAGGGAGGAUCUCUCUCCAGAGAGAAGCAUCAAUCUGUUCCACUGUCUGAAUGAACUGAAUGACCAUUCUCUAGUGAAGGAGAUCCAACAGUACCUGACAUCAGGAAGACUCUCCACAGACCAGCUCUCUCCUGCUCAGUGGUCAGCUCUGGUCUUCAUCUUACUGUCUUCAGAAAAGGAGCUGGAGGUGUUUGACCUGAAGAAAUACUCUGCUUCAGAGGAGGGUCUUCUGAGGCUGCUGCCAGUGGUCAAAGCCUCCAGUACAGCUCUGUUGAGUUCCUGUAAUCUGUCAAACAGAAGCUGUGAAGUUGUGUCCUCAGUCCUCAGCUCCACCUCCUCUAGUGUGAGAGAGCUGGACCUGAGUAACAAUGAUCUGCAGGAUUCAGGAGUCAAGCUGCUCUCUGCUGGACUGGGGAGUCCACAAUGUAGACUGGAAACUCUCAGGUUGUCGGGCUGUCUGGUCUCAGAGGAAGGUGUUUCUUCUCUGAUCUCAGCUCUGAGCUCCAACCCGUCCCAUCUGAGAGAGCUGGACCUGAGCUACAACCAGCCAGGAGACUCAGGAGGGGAGCUGCUCUCUGCUGGACUGGAGGAUCCACACUGCAGACUGGACUCUCUCAGGCUGGACCAUGCUGGAGGGUGCUGGUUGGAGCCAGGUCUGAGGAAGUAUGCCUGUGAACUCACACUGGACCCAAACACAGCACACAGACGCCUCCUUCUGUCUGAGAACUACAGAAAGGUGACAUGGGUGAAGGAGGAGCAGUCGUAUCCUGAUCAUCCAGACAGAUUUGACUUCUGGACACAGGUUCUAAGUAGAGAGAGUCUGACUGACCGCUGUUACCUGGAGGUACAGUGGGAAGGACUUGUUCAUAUAGGAGUGACUUACAGAGGAAUCACAAGAAGAGGAGGAGGUAAAGACUGUCAUCUUGGAUAUAAUGAAAAGUCCUGGAGUCUGUACUGUACUAGUGAUAGAUACACUGCCUGUCAUAAUAAUAGAGACACAAAGAUAAGUAUCUCCCCCUCCUCCUCUGACAGAGUAGGAGUGUAUCUGGACCGGUCUGCUGGAACUCUGUCCUUCUACAGAGUCUCCUCUGACACCCUGACACACCUCCACACCUUCACCUCCACAUUCACUGACCCUCUCCAUGUUGGGUUUAGGGUGUGGUCACGUCGCUCCUCAGUGUGUGUGUGUUAGAUGGAGGAGGUAGAGACGCCUCCUGUGUCCUGGAGGAACACUCACACUCCUGCCCAAACACACCUGCUGACAUGAUAGAUCACUCUGUACACACACACACACACACACACACACACACACACACACACACACACACACACACAGGUGUAGUUGGGUCCGAGGUGUUUGUGUUAUGUGGGAAAUGAGAUCAGGGAGUUUUUCAGCAGGUAGAACCAAGUUAUUAAAGUUAUACAAGUCACUUUUAAUCCUGCAGCUUUUCACAUGAUUCUUACAAUAGAAUAAAGUAGAAUAGAAUAGAGUCGUGUUG